UUUGAAGCUCAUAGUUUGACUCAUAUAAAAUUACUCGAGCUCUCACUCUCCUCUCCUCCCGAAUUUGCCUCAAUUUUGCUCAGAUUCUCCACAAUUCGUCUGUUCUCCUUCUUCAAACUCCCACAGAUGGCCAUCACUUUCUCAGAUCUCCACACUGAAUCCGGCCUUAAAUCCCUUAAUGACUUCCUCAACGGCAAAUCUUACAUCUUUGGGGAUAAGCUGACCAAGGAUGACAUAAAAGUUUAUGCAGCUGUUUUGAAAAAUUCUGGCGAUUCGUUUCCCAGUGUGAGCCAGUGGUAUAACUGUGUGUCGUCCCAUCUUGCCACAAGCUUCCCUGGGAAAGCUGUUGGGGUUUCACUUGGUGGCAAAACUGACCCAGCUAAAGCUGAGUCUCCUGCUGCAGACGAUGGUAUGGAUCUGUUCGGCGAGGAAAAAGAGGAAGAAAAAAAGGCAGCAGAGGAGAGGGAAGCCGCUGAAAAGACAGCUAAGAAGAAAGAGAGUGGGAAAUCUUCAGUGCUUUUGGAUGUUAAACCAUGAGAUGAUGAGACUGAGAUAUGAAGAAGUUGGAAGAAGCUGUUCGAUCUGUUGAAAUGCCUGGCCUUCUGUGGGGAGCAUCGAAACUGGUUGCGAUAUGGCAUUAAGAAGCUCCAGAUCAUGCUUACAAUAGUUGAUGAUCUAGUUUCCGUCGAUACACUUAUCGAGGAGCACCUCACAGCUGAACCACACAAUGAAUAUAUUCAGAGCUGUGGCAUCGUUGCGUUCAACAAAAUUUAGAUGAGGGCGUUCCUUUCCAACAACAUCGUAAGCCAAUUUCAGCCAUGUUCGGUCCUUUUUUGUUCCUUGCUUUACCCUAAUAUGAUUUUCUUCUUCGCUGUGAUUGCUACUGCUUUUGCUUGGGAAUAGAUUAAAUUAAGAACUUGAUGGUGUCUUGCUAAAAGGAUAUUCUGGUGUAGUGUUUAAUGUUUUUGAUUCGGUUUAAGG